AUGGGUAUUCUUAGCUUGUCAUUUAUAUUCACUUCUGCUUCAUCUAAUACGAAACAACGUCGAAAAAACGAAGGAACCGGUCCAACGGUUAAGGAUUCCUCACCACCUCCAAGUGAUCCUUCAAAUGGUCUAUCAAUAAAUCUUAAUGAUAAUUAUAAUCAAUCUUCUAUCUCAUCAAUAACUACAACUCAAUUAAAUUCAUAUUAUUCUUCAACUAAUGGUGGUUUACUUUAUCUUCAACCAGAAUAUGCUGUAUUUACACGAUCACUUGCUGAAUGUAAUAUUCACGAAUUAAUUCGACAACCAAAUGGUGUAGAUAAAAAUGAAUGGAUUGCAAAUAAUAUUGUUGCUUUUUUCAAUCAUGUUAACGCUUUGUACAAUGCAAUGUGUGACUUUUGUACACCAACAACAUGUCCAGUAAUGACCGGUCCUCAGAACAGUUCGUAUUUAUGGCUUGAUGAACGAAAUAAAAAAGUAAAAUAUUCUGCACCACAAUAUAUUGACCUUUCAAUGAUGUUUAUACAAAAAACACUUUCUGACGAAACUAUAUUUCCUACCAGACUUGAUCAACAAUUUCCUUUAUAUUUUGAUUCACUUGUACGUAAAAUGGUUCGUCUAUUAUUUCAUGCUGUAGCACAUUUAUAUGCUGUUCAUUAUCGUCAAUUAAUUGAAUUACAAUUACAUCCACAUUUGAACAGUUUAUUUCUUCAUUUUAUUUCAUUUUUAAUCACAUCGAAUACAAUCUCUACUGAUUGUUCAAUUGUACAUACGAAUUCUAGUGGAACACUUUCAUCUUCAUCGACAACACCCGGUCAAACAGAUCUACGUGAACUUCGAACAGAACUCGAAACUUUAGAUGUUUUAUAUCAAUUAUUGGCAAAUCAAUGGCGACAUGUUUAUGGACAAGCAUGUGCACAAAAACGAAAAACAACAAACAAUGAAUGA